AUGACGACAGAGAUUACCGACAUUGAAGUGAGUUUCAAAAACAAAGCCCAGUCCUCCGGCACCCCAUCACAGGCACCUGCAGUUUUUUUACAGAAAUAUCCUAAACUUGUUCAAGAAGAAAAGUUUACACAAGAACUGACUCGCACACUGUUGGAAUGUAAGAAAGAAAACUCGACCCUGAAAGGGAAAUCCUGGAGCUGCUGCCCGAAGAAUUGGAAGCCAUUUGGUUCAAAUUGCUACUUUAUUUCUUCUUAUAUAAGAAAUUGGACUGACAGCAAGAAGCACUGUGAAAGGAUGCAGGCGCAUCUGCUGGUGGUCGACAGCAAGGAGGAGCAGGACUUUAUUAUCAAGAAUCUGAAAAUGGAUCAAUAUUAUUAUUUCGGGCUGUCAGAUCUGAAGAAUGGUCACUGGGAAUGGGUUAAUGAGACACCAUACAAUUCAAGUGUCACGUUCUGGCACCGAGGUCAACCCGAUAAUCCCUAUGAUCACUGUGUUGUGUUAGAGUUUAAUUUCCAAUGGUACCACUGGGGCUGGAAUGAUAUUCCUUGUUACUUGCUUCAGUAUUCAAUUUGUGAGAUGUUGAUGAUCUACUUAUGA